AUGGGAUUCAAACCUACAGUGCCUGAAGGCUCCCCUUUCACGCUGCAAAAUAUACCAUUUGGAGUGUUCUCAACGAAGCAAGAUCCCUCACCGCGGUGUGCAACGGCAAUUGGAGAUUAUGCCCUCGACCUCCGGAGCUUGAGUAAGUCUGGCUUCUUCGAGAAGUCCUCGGUAAAGGACGCUCUAUCACAGAUCAAUCUCAACGACUUUGCUGCUCUACCCGCCAAGACAAGAAGAGCAGUGCGAGAGCAUCUUAUAUCGGCACUCAAAGAGGGAACCCUUCCUGAGGACAUCGCACACAAGUUGUCUGAGGUCCAGUCGCACUUACCAGUAAACAUCCCUGGUUAUACCGACUUCUUUUGCUCGCUAGAGCACUGUCAAAAUUGCUCGCCGAUGAGCGGUGGAAAGAUCCCAGAAAACUUCUUCAAUGCGCCCUCGGCAUAUAAUGGCCGAGCAUCAAGUGUCAUCCCUUCGCCAUCACUAGUCCGUCGACCGAGAGGGGUCUUCUGGAAGCCUGGCAACAAGGAAGCGGAGUACGGCGUCUCCAAACUAGUCGAUUUUGAGCUUGAGAUGGGCUACAUCGUCUCAAAAUCAGUUCCGUAUGGAGAAACCAUAAAAGUGGACGAUGCUCCCGACCAUAUCUUUGGGUUCGUCCUCUUGAACGACUGGUCAAGUCGAGACAUCCAAAUUCACGAAAUGCCUCCAUUGGGUCCGUUCAAUUCCAAAUCUUUUGGUACCACGAUUUCUCCCUGGAUCAUCACCUUGGACGCUUUAGAUGCAUUCAGGACUGCGCCAAAGCAUAAGACAAGCCCGCUUGAGCAUUUGAGAUUCGCCGACUUUGACCGUGGAACAUUCGAUGUCAAAUUGGCCGCUCAUCUCGAACGAGACGGGAAGCGCCAUAAGCUUUGCACGAGCAAUCUAAGUUACCUGUACUGGACUCCCUUCCAACAGCUGACGCAUCACGCUUCGGCUAACUGUGGAAUCCGCACGGGUGAUACAAUGGGGACUGGCACCAUAUCGGGAGCUGGUAUUGAUGAAGGCGGCAACAAGUAUGAGUUGGGCUGCUUAUUUGAAGCAACGCAACAUGCGACUAAGCCACUGCAACUUGAAGGUGGAGUCGAGGUAGGCUACCUCCUCGAUGGCGAUUCCGUGAUACUAUCGGCGUGGUGCGAGGACGCUGAUGGUAAGCAUGUUCUGGGCUUUGGCGAAUGCCGUGGGCAGCUGGUUGGCCCUGAUGCACCAAUCCACAAUGUAACGGAAUAUUAA